GAGGCAUGUGUCCCAGUCCCCCCCAGACUGCCCCACUGGGCAGGAGGGUGCUGGGGACAGGGAUGGGAAUCUGAGCUGUGUCAGGAUAUGUGCUGGGAGUGACACUGGGUCACUGCCAGCCUGCAGCCAGCACCAUGGGCCUGAUCCUGCCCAGCCCCUUGUGCUUGAGGCUCUCCUGGUGAUACUGGAGUGGCCCCCACCCCAGUGCCCUUAUCCCCAGCAUUGAGCAAGGGACAGGGAAGGUGAUGGGUGCUGGGCACCAUGGGGCACAAGCAAUGGCCUGGGUUAGCCAGGGCCACAGGAGCCUCCCCCCUCUGUCACCCACAGCCCAUACACACUCGGCUCCCUCCUCCUCCUCCUCCCUCCUGCACUCCCUCGCUCGCUGCCAGCACCCAGCACCCCGCUGCCAGCACCCAGCACCCCGCACCAUGAGCUUGCGGCUGCAGCUGAAGCCGGUAAGUGCAGGAGGAAGGGGACAAGGGAAGGGGCACCCAGGAGGAUCACCAUGGGGAACACUGGCACUGCCACCUGCAGAGACUCCCAGGCCACCCAAGGGUGACCUUGCCAUCCCUUAGGGGCAGAGAGGAACAAGGGUGCUGCUGCUCCCUAGCUCUGUGUUGGUUUGGAUGCUCUUCUGGGGGUUGUUUUUUCACCCUUUUCUGCCUCAGAUCUUUGGGAUUGUGUUUUUUUAUUCAUUUCUGCCUGGAAAGCAAGAGGGCUUAACCUGUUCUUGCUUCUGCCACAAGAGCUAGGUGCCAGGAAUAGGGAUGAGGCGCAGGGCAGGUGCCCCAGCAUAGGGAACAGUAUUUGGUGGCCCAAAUUCAGGACUGGCCUCCCAGAGCUGCCUGCAGCCAGGCAGAACAAGCAUUCAGCUGCUGAGCGUGGGAGCGUUGCUGGUUUUCCCAGGCACGAGGCGAAGGAGCCCAUCUCAGGUCUUCUAGGUGCAUCUUGGUUUUGGGAAUCAAGCAUUUUACUGGUGUUGUCUUGUCCCCUUCCCCACCAUCCCCACGGGAGCCAGUCCCCAAGCCCAACUGGUGCCUCAUUCCCUCCACAACGAUUGCGUUUGGGUCACUUUUUCCAAUCCCUCCCCUCGCCAUCCACCAACGACGUCGACAGCUCCCGCUGCUCCAUUGGCGCUCUCGUCCCCACGGGGGCCCCAGCAUCGAUUAGGUUUGAUUAAUCCACGCUGGGCUCCUGAAUGCCCUUCGCAGCCGCAUGUCUCCCACCCGCCUGGCUGAGUGCCUGCGUGCCUGCGUGGGCGAUGCCACGGCCCGAGCGCUGCGCCCGCCGUGCCGGACGCUGCCUGGGCGUGUGGGGCUGGGGGCCCCCAUGGUGGACACCCGGACUUCAAGGGUCAGCUGCCGCCUGGGGCGCCGGGCGAGCUGCAGGCAGGUGCUGUCCCUGGGUGCUGAUGUCCUUCCCGAGUACAAGCUGCAGGCGCCACGCAUCCACCGAUGGACCAUCCUGCACUACAGCCCCUUCAAGGCCGUGUGGGACUGGCUCAUCCUCCUGCUGGUCAUCUACACAGCGGUCUUCACCCCCUACUCGGCUGCCUUCCUGCUCAACGAGGAGCAGGUGGAGGAGAAGCGCUGGGACUGCAGCUACACCUGUGACCCACUCAACAUCAUUGACCUCAUCGUGGACAUCAUGUUCAUCGUGGACAUUGUCAUCAACUUCCGCACCACCUACGUCAACAUCAACGAUGAGGUGGUGAGCCACCCCGGCAAGAUCGCCAUUCAUUACUUCAAGGGGUGGUUCCUCAUUGACAUGGUGGCUGCCAUCCCCUUUGACCUGCUCAUCUUCCGCUCUGGCUCUGAUGAGACCACCACCCUCAUUGGCCUCCUGAAGACUGCCCGGUUGCUGCGCCUGGUGCGCGUGGCCCGUAAGCUGGACCGGUACUCGGAGUACGGGGCAGCCGUGCUCUUCCUGCUCAUGUGCACGUUCGCCCUCAUCGCCCACUGGCUGGCCUGCAUCUGGUACGCCAUCGGCAACGUGGAGCGGCCUUACAUGGAGCACAAGAUCGGCUGGCUGGACAACCUGGGCGACCAGAUCGGCAAGCGCUACAAUGACAGCGACCUCUCCUCUGGCCCGUCCAUCAAGGAUAAAUACGUCACUGCCCUGUACUUCACCUUCAGCAGCCUCACCAGUGUGGGCUUCGGCAAUGUCUCGCCCAACACCAACUCCGAGAAGAUCUUCUCCAUCUGUGUCAUGCUCAUUGGCUCUCUGAUGUAUGCCAGUAUCUUUGGCAACGUCUCAGCCAUCAUCCAGCGCCUCUACUCAGGCACAGCCCGCUACCACACGCAGAUGCUGCGGGUCAAGGAGUUCAUCCGCUUCCACCAGAUCCCCAACCCCCUGCGCCAGCGCCUGGAGGAGUAUUUCCAGCACGCCUGGUCCUACACCAAUGGCAUCGACAUGAACGCAGUGCUGAAGGGCUUCCCUGACUGCCUGCAGGCUGACAUCUGCCUGCACCUGAACCGCACGCUGCUGCAGAACUGCAAAGCGUUCCGGGGAGCCAGCAAAGGCUGCCUGCGCGCCCUGGCCAUGAAGUUCAAGACGACUCAUGCACCGCCUGGAGACACCCUGGUGCACUAUGGAGAUGUCCUCACCACACUCUACUUCAUCUCCCGGGGUUCCAUUGAGAUCCUCCGGGAAGACAUUGUGGUGGCCAUCUUAGGGAAGAAUGACAUCUUUGGGGAGCCCAUCAGCCUCUACGCCCGCCCAGGGAAGUCCAACGCUGAUGUGAGGGCCCUGACCUACUGCGACUUGCACAAGAUUCAGCGCGAAGACCUGCUGGAGGUCUUGGACAUGUACCCAGCCUUCUCUGACAACUUCUGGAGCAACUUAGAGAUCACCUUCAACCUACGAGAUGCAGACAGCGUUCCCCGCUCACCCCUCAGCGAGGAGUAUGACUGCACCUACCGCCGGACUCGCCAACGCAAGCACUCCCUUUGCCAGCCCAGCAAGCCUGACCGAGACACGGGCAUCUCUGAUGCAGAGCAGUAUCACACCUACUCCGAGCUCACCAACCCGCAGAACCCGCUCAGUAAGGACCGGUGGGACGACAUGGGCAGCAGCACCUCUCCCUGCUCCCAGGCUAGUGAUGACGAGGCUAAGACUGGCAGCCCUGUGAAAGCUGAGCCCUUUCCCACACCCAAAAAGGAUGACUUUGCUCUGCCUUCGCUCAGCCUCAUCACCACCAGCGCCGGCAACACGGAGAUCGGCAAGCAGGCGGCAGAGAGCAGCCAGUCCUACACAGCCACUCCCCUGGAUAUUCCCAACAUGUUCACCUUCUGGGAGGACCGGAGGCCGGCCCACCCUGCGGAGCCUUUGCAGCACAUCUCACUGGUGCACAGCUCACAGGACGUGCCCCUGCACAGUGACUACAGGCCAGGGCAGAUCGAGUCCAGGCUGGAGCUCCUGCAGGCCCAGCUCAGCAGGCUGGAGUCCAGGAUGUCGUCAGAUAUUAAUAUAAUCCUCCAGCUCCUGCAGCGCCAGCUGUCCCAAGUGCCACCCGCGUACAGCCCCAUCUCACCGACCUCCCACAGCCUGGCCAUGUACGGCAUCGUCCCGCGGAGCCUGGAGCCGCUCACGCCCUGUGCGCCUCUGGAGGACCAGGAGCCGGCGACCCAGGAGCAGCGCCCGAGCUACACGGAGGUAGAAAAGUUCCACUUGAAAUCCAGGGACUCCUUGUCAAGCGGGAUGCAGCUCUCUGAGUCAUCCGACAAAACCAUGACAGUCUACUCUGAGCAGGAGCACCACUCCCCACCUCUCCCGAGCCCAGAGCCUCCCCACCAAAGGGCACCAAAUACCCAUGGACUCUUGCGGGGCUCUCGUUUCCCUUCCCUCCCUGAGCACUUGGAGGUAUCUUCCGAGCACCAGGACAUUCAGAGACACCUCUCCGACCCCAUGCUUCCUGGAAGUUAGAGACAUGGGGGCUGCGGGGGGAGUCAAGAGGAACCUCAACUGCAAGCCCGGUCAGUUGAUGUUGAUUUUGACUGCAAGGGUAAGACAUUGGACAAUGCCAUUGGCUCAGGGGUAUAAUUUGUAGCUAUCUUCUGCCAGCUUGACAGGAAGUAUAGAGUGGCUGGCUUCCAAGGUCAACAUUUUCCAGCGGUUCCCAUAGAGUAGAUUUCAUUUGCACAUAAGAGCAAACCUAGAACAGUUCUUACAGCCACCAUCGAGCUGGUUAGGCCAUGUGGUUCCCACCCCCCCUCCUUGCCAAGGCUUCCUCUCGAGAAGGGCAUGAGCCAAGCGAGCCACAGCGACCACAGGAGAGCAGAUCUACAGCUCUGGGCUGCGAGGCCGCUUUGCUGGAGAUCUCUGGAGCAGGGACCAUUGUGUUGGUACGAGGCUUGGCCCAGCAGAGCCGCAGGUGUUACAGAAAGGGUGGUCACCAGAGGAGGAGUGGGAGAUCUCCACGGUGUGGUCCAGGGGAAACUCCACGGUGUGGUCCAGGGGAAACCACAGGUGGGAAGCCCAGGACAAGGACAGAGGACAGAAGCUUGUCCUACUUGAUUGCCACUGAGUAGUGAAGGGCCAACAGCCCCUGCCACCUCAGCCUGCUUCAGCACAGGUCCCAGGGCACUGACUUCUCCAGCAAGGCUGGUCACGCCUUGCAAACCCCAACACGCAUCCCACAACUCCCCAGGUCAAUCCAACUGGUCACCAGCCUGGGCAUAAAGCACAAAACUCAAAAGCACAAUCCCAGAAAGCUGAAAAGCCCCAGAUACCUUGUGUCCAGCCCUCCCUCCCCGCUUUUCUCUUUUGAUAAAGGUUCAAUAGGUGCUUCCUCCUGCCCACCUCUUCUCCCAGCAGACUCCCGCAGCAUUCCCAUAGGAGAAGCCCACGUAGCACUGCUGCCUCGCCGCUCAGGUAGAUGCUGUGACAGUCCUAGGCCACCAGCUCAAGUAAUAUAUCGAGCUCCCUUUGAGAGUAGUCAAACUGUGAGCAUCUCUUUCUCUGGAGUUUUAGUGUACACUUUGCUAAUAAAGAUGUUUUUGGCACCUGA